AUGUCGAACGUCGGUGGUUCCCAAACCGCGGACGGAGAACCCGGUCUCCGCAUCGCGCGUUUCCUCGCACACUCCAACCCCCUCCGGCGGGCCGCAACGGAGCACCACCAUUCCAGCGGCUACAGUACCCUCCUCAACGCUUCUGCCCCCUCGAUUCCCACCAGUCCACCCAGUUACAAUGACAUCUCCCUGCCGCCAGCGCGCUUCAAAAUCUCCCCACGUGAGGAGGAAGGGAAAGAGACAUUGCCAGCCUAUAGCUGUUCCCUCCAUCGCGAAGCCAUAUUUGAGCAAAAGAUGGAGCUGAGCAGCCCUUUCGAGCGGGCGAGCGUGCGCAAGUGGGUGAAGGUGUACGCGGUCUUACAUGGGACACUAUUGAAGCUACAUAGACCGGAGCGUAUCCCCUUUUUUUCUGGAAGAGCGCCGAAGGAGGUGGACGAGCUGGAGGAGAAAGGGGGCAGCAGCGGCAGUCAUGGAAUAGCGGGCGGGAGGCCUCCAGGGUACUAUCCUGGGGAGCUGAUCCGGUGUUAUACACUACAGUUGGCCGAGGUGGGGGUCGCAGCGGAUUACAAAAAGUAGAGUGCAUACCACACCCCCAGAGCAGUAUAUCGUUACCGCGCGCUAACUAUGGCAAAUCGAAGGAGACCAUUCGUGAUCCGCCUACGCGCGCAGACAGAGCAAUUCCUGCUAUCCGCGAAAAGGGUAGAGGUAUUCCUGGACUGGCUGGAAGCGUUAAGCGCGAGCGUGGAUCUCUCACCGUCACUCGAGGAGCGGUCGUUGCCGCGGUAUCAGACGCUGCCGAGGGGGCGGCGACGGAGACAGCAGCAACAGCCACACCCUAUUGCUACAAGUAUAACCACCGCCCCCACUGCCCCUGCCACUGCCGCUACUCCAGCGACGCAAACACCCCUCUCCCCCCGCUCAAGCACCGCCCCAGGAUCAAUAACACUCCACUGCAUCCUAGCCUCCCCGCAAGUCAGCACCCCCGCCACCCCUCCUACGCCGAUAAUGACCACACCCCCCAACAGUCAACAACCCCAAACUCCCCCAGGCAAAUGGUCCCCCCCGCACAUCCUAACCGCUGAAGCAAACAUUCGCUACGCUCGCCGCUGCAUGACCGUACUCUGCGGCGACGCGCCCAGAAAGAGCAACUACCUGGUGCAGGACGGGAAGCGGUAUAAGAUUGUCUGGGAGAAGCGGGAGAUGGUGCUCGAUGAGAAGAUUUGUGUGGGCUUGCCGAGGUACGAGGAUAUAGUCGGGCCGGGGUCU